CAUAGGAGCCUGAGGCUGUGGAACCAAAAGCUCUGGUCUUCUGCUGCUGUUCCUUCCUCCUUUUUCUCCUGGCUGCCCCCUGCCAGCAGCCCAUCUGCCAAAGAUCUUCAUCUCUGCUAUGGACAAUGUCUGGUUCGGUAGAUAAUGCACCCUGCAUGAACUUUGAAGCCAACAUAUUUGCAAAGAGCCUGUGCCAGCACUGCUUUCGAGCCGCAGGGGCUCACCAGCAGCAUGCUCUCCAGGAGCAUGCUGUGGAGGUCACAGGACACGAUGCUGGCAGCGAUGCAGACCCAGAUGGGCCCUGGGAUGCCCUCCAUAUUUUAGCCCCCCAGUGCGAGGUAUAUGUGUGCGUGGGCCCAGCGGAGGGGACAGAGCGCUGGCACGAGAGCAGGGGAUAUCCCCCGCUCAGCCCCGGAGCUGAGAGUGAGCACAGAGAAACCAGCAGCGACCCCAGCACCCGUGCCGAAGCCAAUUCCACACUCACCAGGCUCUCCUCCGAAGACCUGCUUUGCCGUGGACGUGGUGGCAUCCCGUGUUGCUCGUGCCUCCCCCAGUAACGGCCUUCUCCCCGCCCCAGAGCGCCGUCCUGCCAGCCAGAAGCCCGAGGAGCGCUGGCCGAAGCACCGCAUAGAAAGUGGCUAUUUCUCUCUGGAGCGCCGGAAAACUGACCCUCUGUGGGCAUCCACCCCGCCGCGUGCUGCCACCGGUUCCUCGCCGGCCCGCAGCGACUCAGCGGGCAGCGGUGGGCGCCUGGCUGGCUCCCGCGUUCAGGAGCCCCGUGGGCAGCCCAGCAGUACGGGCACGGAGGGGCGGCACGGGCUGGAGAAGCAGGAGUACACAGUGCUGGCAGACCUGCCCAAGCCCAAGCGCCUCGGCCAGCAGGAUGCUGUGGACCGCUGUGGCUCCCGCACACUCAGCCCCGGCCGGGUGGAGGUGGAGAGGAUAUUUGGCUGCGAGCGCAGGAAAUCAGAGACCCUGGAGGCCUUCCAGGCCCUGGAGGAAGGCCGCGUGGAGCGGCUCGAUGGCAAGACCCCAGUGCCACCCAGCAAAGGCCGCCUAGCUCGGAGGCAGUCCAGCCCCAGCCUGCCCAGGGAGGGCCAGCGGGUCUCCUGGCACCUUGAGCAGCACAGCAGAGGCCCCAAGGAGCCCCUGCGCUCCCCCAGCCCAGCUCGGCACCCUGGAAGAGCCAGCAGGAACCAGGGGGACCCCCCACGCCCCACCAGCUCCAGCUGGCUGCUGGAGAGAGGCAGCCGGAGUCCGCGCUCUCCAAGCCCAGCCCGCCAGUCAGAGAGGAGGGCAGGGGAGCCCCUGAGCCCUCCCUGGCACUCAGGGAAAAGCUGGAGGAGCCAAGGGGAGCCCAGCUGUACCCCAAACUUGGAGAAGAGCAGAGCUGUCUGGCAGGCCAGGGGUACGGAGCAAGCCCCAGAGAGGAAGAGCCGAGGGGACACUCUGCACCCCCUGGGCCUUGGGAAGGGCUCAGAGAACAGCAGACUGAGCCAGGCAAGGCCACCGCCACGGUCCCUCAGUCCUGGGAGGCAUGCGGAGAGCACAUGGAGAAGCCAAAAGAUGUCCCCUCCCAGCCCAGUGCGGGGCACAGGGAGGCAACAGGUGAAGCCAGGGGAGCUGCUGCACCUCAGGGGGCCCAAGAAGCCAUCCGAAUGCGGCUGGCAGAGCCUCCGGGAGAAACUGCCGCCCCCCCACCCUGGGAAGGGUGGCGGCAGUGACUGGAAAGGCCGAGGCAAGCCCCUGCGCCCCACAAGCCCAACACGACCACUGGAGCAGGACUGGAGGGGCCAGGGGGAUGCCCGCCAAGCACAGGUGUGGGACAAGGACUGGAAGCGCCAAGAGAAGCCCGUGUGCCAUGUGGACUUGAUGCGCCAGCUGGAAAGGGAGUGGAAAAGCCCCACUAAAUGUCUGGAUGUAGGACUAUGGCCAGAUGACAGCUGGAAAAGGCCUGAGAGUCCAGCACAGCAGCUGGAGGAUGACUGGAAGGGUCCCGAGCACACUCGAGACACAAACAACCCAGAAAAGCCAUUGGAAAGUGACUGGGGGAACAAGAGGCUUCUCAUUUACCACCCUCAGCUGGGUGGAAGUGCCUUCCCGCCACAAAGCAGCACCGGCUCUUCAGGAAGCCCAAAGCCACACUUCAAUGCCAGUGAAAAGCACAAUAAGCCAGAUCUCCUCAAUUUCAAGAAGGGAUGGAUGUCUAUCCUGGAUGAGCCAGGAGAGUGGAAGAAACAUUGGUUUGUGCUGACUGACUCGAGCCUCAGGUAUUACCGGGACUCCAAUGCGGAGGAGGCUGAUGACCUUGAUGGAGAAAUCGACCUCCGCUCCUGCACAGACGUGACGGAGUUUGCGGUUCAGCGCAACUAUGGCUUCCAGAUACACACGAAGGAUGCUGUCUUCACCCUGUCGGCAAUGACCUCAGGCAUCCGCCGCAACUGGAUCGAGGCCCUGAGGAAGAACGUGCGCCCAGUCAGUGCUCCGGACGUCACCAAGCUCUCUGACUGCAAUAAGGAGAACUCCUUCCGUAACUGCGUCCCCCAGAAGAGCUCGCUCCGGACGGAGGAGCAGCAGCGGCCAGGCUCGGACUCCGAGGGGAACUCAAAAGGUGGUCACUGGAAGGCGGAUGGGCAGCGCCAUGCGUUUGACUAUGUGGAGCUGUCUCCCUUGCCACAAGACCCUGGGAAUCAGGGGUCCCCACAGAGGACGAGAGGGAGCUUGAGGGUCUCUGACCGAGCUCCCAAGCAUGAGGAGCUGGAGCGGGAUCUGGCCGCUCGUUCGGAGGAGAGGCGGAAAUGGUUCGAGACUCCCGAUGGCAGGGUCCCAAAUAGCGAUGGCCUGGCAGGGGACUCUUCCCGCAAGGCGUGGGAGCAGGACCUCCCUUCUCCCCCGCUUUCGGAGGAGCAGCGAAUUCGGCUGAAUGAGGAGAUAGAGAAGAAGUGGCUGGAGCUGGAACGCCUGCCCUUGAAGGACUCGCGGCGGGUGCCCUUGACCACGCUGCUGAACCAGAGCAAGGGGGGCCAUGGAGACGCCAAUGAGGCACUGAAAAAGGAGAUCCAGUCACUGCGGGCACAGCUGGAAUCCUGCCGGGCCCGAAACGAGAGCCUGCGGGAGGCGGCCAAGUCCCAGGGAGACGGACCUGUGCCCCGGGGAUACAUCUCACAGGAGGCCUGCGAGCGCAGCCUGGCCGAGAUGGAGUCGUCCCACCAGCAAGUGAUGGAGGAGCUCCAGAGGCACCACCAGCGGGAGCUGGAGCGGCUGCGGCAGGAGAAGGAGCGGCUCCUGGCAGAGGAGGCUGCGGCGACGGCAGCAGCCAUCGAGGCACUGAAGAAGGCCCACCGGGAGGAGAUGAAUAAGGAGCUGGGCAGGACACGAAGCUUCCAGCAGUGUGACUCAGUCUCAGAUGCCCUCCAGAAGCAGCACCAGUUAGAUGUGGAUUCCCUGAAGCGGGAGCUGCAGGUGCUUUCCGAACAGUACUCCCAAAAGUGCUUGGAAAUUGGGGAGCUCACCAGGAAGGCAGAGGAGCGGGAGCAGACACUGCUGCGCUGUCAGCAGGAGGGGAAGGAGCUCCUCCGGAAAAACCAGGAGCUGCAGACCCGCCUCUCAGAUGAGAUUGAAAAGCUGCGAAGCUUUAUUUCAUCACGGAGCUCUGGGGACCACUCUCUGCACAACAACGAGCGGAGCUCCUGUGAGCUGGAGGUGCUGCUGCGGGUGAAGGAGAAUGAGCUCCAGUACCUAAAAAAAGAGGUGCAGUGCCUCCGGGAGGAGCUACAGAUGAUGCAAAAGGAUAAGAGAUUUGCCUCAGGGAAAUACCAGGAUGUCUACGCAGAGCUGAAUCACAUCAAGGUGCGCUCAGAGCGGGAGAUCGAGCAGCUGAAGGAACACCUGCGCCUGGCCAUGGCAGCUCUGCAGGAGAAGGAGUCACUGUGCAACAGCGUCGACAAGUAAUGGUCUGCUCUCCGUUUGUUUAUCUGUUCUUGUUUUGUAUCUGCUCCAUUCCUCACUUGUGGGGAGGAGGAGGUUGAAUCCCAUCUGUUAUCACUCUGGCGAGGAAUCUUACACACCCCCAACCUCCUAACUCCCCUCCCAACGCUUAUUUGAUGAAGCCCUUUUACCUGUGUACCUGAGCACAUUGUUUGGACUGGCUCCUUACAUGCACCUUCUUCAGGAUUUUAUAUGUGAAAAAUAUAUUUUAUAGAGGAAUUUUUCCCCCCUGGGAAGAGGAGGAGGAAAACUUCUACUACAUCACCAGCAUUUUCUAACCUGAAAAAGAGAAUCUGGUUUUCCCCCCCUCCCCAGUCCCAUUGCUCCUGGCCACACAGCCACCUUUGGCACAUAUUCCCUCUCUUCCAAAUGUCUCUGUGACCCCUCUGAGAUGCAUGGUGAGGAUGAUGCUCCCCUCCCCGUGCCGCCCCCAGGGACUCAUGGAGAAGACAAGCAAGCCAUAGGAGGGAAACGCUGGGGCAGUCUGCCAUGGAUGUGCUUGCUGGGGACUUUUGAAAGAGGAGACCUUGGCAAAAGUCUGCAUGAACGAGCUCUCCCCGUGACUGUCCUUUGGCUCCUUCAAGAACCCGAAUUGGCAGGAGCCCAGAGCCACAGGGUCUCUCCUUUCUGAGGAAGAAGAGCUGUGAGGCUGCUUACUGCACCCACCAGAGCCAACCCCGCCUUGAGGUGGCAGCUGCUGUUGCUCUGUUGCAACCUUCAACUUUUAACUUAAUAAAAUCUUCCCCUUUCGCUGAGAAAAA